AUGCCGGUCCCAGGAAUCGAACUUGGGUUUCAUCGGCCACAACGAUGUGUACUGACCACUAUACUAGACCGGCAUAUCUUGUUGUUUCUCCGAACUAUUACUAUUUACCCUUGCUAA